GAGCCCCUAUUUCGCCUGUCCUCGAGUUUCACUCUCGCUUUUAGAGUCGUUGUUUCCUUUCCUCUGAUCAAUUCUCUGAGAGACCUAUUUGACAUUUUAUUUACCAUCUCAAUCUUCUUUUCCUCAGAUUUUCUUCUUCCUCUCUCUCACACACAAACCCCAAAAACGACAACGUUUUAGAACCCAACACCAGUCGACGCUUUUGGACCUUCCUUUCUUCCUCCUUGUCUCCUGAUUAACCGAUUUCGAUUUCCCCACAAUGCCUUAAGGGUUUUGAUUCUCUCUCCCUAAAAAGCUCAAUUGUAACCCAAAAAAAUAAACCCUAAUUUAGAUCUUUGAUCUCUAAUCCUCUCUAAUGGGUUCCUCCUCCGAUAUCGUCCCUGACCGAUCUCCAGCCGACGAUGUAGCUCCGGUUACAGAUACCAAAAUUCCAAAGGAGGAGCCUUCGACGCUUAGGAGAACGCGUCCUUCUCGGGCUUGUACUGUUAGGGCACAGCAGCGGCUUCAGGAGCUUCAAGCGGCGGAGAGGAAGCUUAAGCCGCCUAAGAAGGAGUAUAAACGAGAGCAGCAUCGACGGAGAGAAGAGGUUGUGGAGGAAGAUGAGGAUGUGGAUGAUGAUGAUGAUCAAGAGCAAGAAGAGGACGGAAAUGAUGAGAGUAAGCCGCAGCACGUUGCUGGAGGAAGUUCUGCUAAAAUCAUUACUUCUCUUGUUCCACCACCGGAACCUUCACAGAUGCCGCGAUGGAAUCUUCGUUCUAUGUGGGAACUUGCUUCUGUGCUCAAUUUCUUGCAUGUAUUUAGACCGCUUUUGAAAAUCAAUGCGGAGUUUUCAGCGGAGGAGUUUGAAACGGCUUUGCUUACUCCAAACGAUACUUUAAGUGAUAUUCAUAUUCCUCUGCUAAAGGCCAUUCCUCCUGUAACUCGAAUGGCUCUCACCCGUGAUACCUGGGUAACUGUCCUGUGCAGAAAAAUAAGAGAUUGCUGGCAUUGGGUCGCAGAAGGGGACCUCCCUAUUGUUGCCUCGCAAGGGCGGGAGAUUGAAGCGUACAAAAAUCUUGAUCCAGCCAUCCGUGUGGUGAUUUUAAAAGCGUUAUGUGAUAUUCGUGUUGAGCAAGAGAUUAUCAGGAGCUACAUUGACAACUCUCUUAAAACUGGUGUUCACCUGUCAGUUUUUCGCAAAGAUCGUGUUGGGGGUGAUUCACAUGGAGUUAAUUUUUGGUAUGAGGAUGAUCCCUUAAUUGGUCACCGUCUAUAUCGGGAAAUAAGGAAAGCAGAGGUGUUGAAGGUCAAAACAAAGGGUUCCAAGAUUCUUCCUAAUAUAACAUACCAAUGGGAAACUGUUGCCACUAAUUUCGAUGAAUUUCAAGAUGUUUCUGAAAAACUUCUUCAGAGUAGUAGUAGAAUUGAAGUUUCUCUAGGGAAGAAGUUAGUGAAAGAUAUGCUUCCUGAGAUAGAAAAAGAACACAAGAGGAAAGAAAAAUUGUUGAAAAAGCAACACAGACAGGCUCUCCUCCUUGAUAACUUUGUGGUUGUUGAUGGUCUUGCUGGGCGAUCUCUCCGUGAUAGGAAACCAGUUAGAUACACUUUUGAUGAUUAUGAUAAGUCCAUAAAUGAUGCUAUCAAGACAACAAAGAAGAAACAUCCAUCACCAGAACCUCCUCUCAAUAGAAGAGAAUCUGCCAGAUUGGACGCUCUUGCGAAUGGCAGAUCGACCAGUUCAACCCACCCUACUGAGCCUGUGAACGAUACAGCAUCUGGGAGAUCUUCUGAUUUUGCUGAUUAUGAUGAUUUCGAUGAGCAUAGAGAUGAAUCAUUGGACAGAAGGCAAGACACUGUUAACAGGCGCAGACAACGACCUCAACGAUAUUCAGCUACGGACUUUGUUGAAACUGUUUCAGACAAUGAGGUAGAAUUUCAAAGUGACGAUGACAUAUAUGGGGAAGCAGUUUAUGAUGAAGAAUAUCUGAGGAAGCGUAAACAGAAAAAGCUCUCUAGUGGUUCUGAGGGAGAUGAAGAGUACAAAUGGGAUGAAGACAAUGCCGAGUAUGAGGAAGAAGAAGAAGAGGAAGAAGAAGAAGAUUCUCUAAGUGCAAGUGAAGAGGAUAGUGAUGAACCCCGGAGGGCUAAGAAAAUGCCACGGAGAGAAACUAAGUUAAGAUCAAGAUCAAAUGAUUUUCGGCCAGGCCUGAGACGUAGCAAAAGAGCCACGAGAAUCGAUUACCAACAAUAUGAGCUCUCAGACUCAGACAAAGAAGCAACAGGAUUGGCAAAACGUAAGCGGUUGGUUGAGCCGGAUGAACCUUCGGAUGAAACAGGGAAUGGGGAUUUCACAAUGGGAAGUCAGGACUCUGAAGAAAAUGCAAAUGACCCAGAAACAAAAUCUGGUGAAGAAGAAGUUGAAGAAGAAGAGCCGAGAGAGGUCAAUGACAAUGCAGAGACAACAAAUGGUAAAGAGAAUAACCAACUUAACAAAUCAAACGGCACAACAGACCAAGAAGAAGUUGAGGGUGUAGUAGGCAAAAGGCGUUACCUUGACUUAAACGAGCUGGCCCCUGUGUCUGGUUUUGAUGAUGGUCCAAGUACAGUAUUGAAGGAUGAUGAUAAGACAGACAAUUCAUAAGCAAGAAAGAGAGACCUCUCUUUGCCGUCAUAAAGCUUCUUCCUCUGGUCAAUCACCAUUGUAUGAUAAGCAAGAUUUUCACGAGUUAUUUCUGGCAAAAAUCCCUUGCAGAGAAAAGUUGAAACGGUAAGAGACACUUCAUUGGCUUUUUCUUCAUUCAAGCAUAUCUGCCUUCUUGUUGUUUUUAAAGUAAUUCAGGCAAAUUCGGUUUGAUAAGUGAAGAGGAGAAUGUUGUGGAGGCCGAAGAGGUAUGUGUAGAUUAGGUUAGUCAUUUUUUUCUUACCAUGAAGAAAGAAACAAUGAAGAGGGUGAACCAGAUAUUCCUAAGAGCUGUUUAAUGUUUUUAUGGAAUUAUUAUUAGUGUACAAGUUAACUUUCUCUAACUUUUUGUAUUUUGACCAUAAGAACACGUUCAAGGUCUCUUAGAUUUUGGUUAGACGACGCAGCUUUGAGACUUGCUGAA